AUGAACGCGACGACGACCUACACAGGCGCAACAACCGCUUUAACUGGAAUUAUGGGCCUCGAGUCGGAGAUAAGGAUGAACAGAGCGGAAAACGUUUUCGAUAGUGACCUUGAUAUUUCCCCGGUCACACUGUCCUCAGCAUGGUCCAGAGUAGCGAGACUACUGCUGUUGUCCUCGAUGGCUGUCGGCGGCAGUAUCGGUAACGUCUUCAUGAUCUCUGCGGUAGUUGUGGAGGAUCAACUCAAAAAACGAGGGAAUGCAUUUCUGGUGAACGUUGCAUUGGCAGACCUAUUAGUAACAGGACUCGUGAUACCAGUAUCAGUGAUUGUGAUCCUGGCGGGGCAUGAAGAGUCAUUGAGCACAUGUCGAUUCGAAUGUACUCUCGAGGCCCUCUGCUUUCUGGUCACAGUGUUAACACUGGCCACAAUAGCUGCCGAAAAUUACACUCGUUUGUGUCUACCACCUGAAAGGUAUGCAGCGCUGACACCAAGUCGUGUAACAGCAACGAUCAUCAGCGUCUGGCUGGUAUCGGUAAUGACUGUGGUCCUGCAAUCAUCGUUGGACGUAGGACCGGACUUCUGCCGUCGUCGAUUUAGCGGGAUAGCUUUGGAGCAAAUAAUCGGGGCUACAAUUCUCGUAGGUUUACCAAUUUUAAUAACCACCUUCCUCUACGUGAAGCUGGUAAUUCGCGUCCGACACGCCACCAGGGGUUCGUACAAGCCACCGGUUGCCUUCUCCUGGGACUACGAGCUGACCAAGGCGAACAUGUACAGCUGCGUGAUGUUCGUGAUCUUCUGGCUACCAUUCGGCAUAGCUGUAUGCCUCAACUCCUUCCGAUCGAUAAGCGCUCGUGUUCUCUACAAUUUGGCCUGGUUCGCCCUGUCUAAAUCCUGCUUCAACAAUUUACUAUACUGCGUGGCAGACCGACAUUUUCGCAGCGCCUACGUCAAGCUUUUCCAUUACUGCUGCUGCAAAACCACGGUGAGUUUCUCGAGGAGAACACGCGGGGACGGUGGACGGAACACCAGCGAUGUACGCCUCAGGGUUCACAUUAUCCAUUCCUAUGCAAGUCCGGCUUCCUGUCGGCCACCGAUAGGCAGACCUAACGGACGUGACGUUUGCGAGCUGUAA